AUGAAAAUUUUCGCCGCUGCAAUUUUGAUAUUGUGUGUGGUAAUUGAUCAAAAAGCCACGGUACAAGGAGGAUUGUUCGAUAUAUUUAGAGGAAAAGAUAAAACACCAGAUGAAGCAUCUGGUGAAGGAUCAGGUGGAUUUUCAGGAGGACUAUCGGGUAAUAUAAAAUUGCCAGGGAACAUUUUAUCAGAAUGUAGUGUUGGAGGGAAUGUAAAUGGCAACAUUGGAGCUUCAACAUCUGGAGGGAUACAGGGAGGUGUCAAUGCAGGGGUUAAUUUGCCAUCUUGUGACUGCAUCAGAAAAUUUGAUACCCAAGGGUCCGUAGGCGGUGGAGGAUCUGCUGGUUUUGGUGGUUUCAGAGUUAGUGGUGGAGCUAAUUUUGGUGGAAGUCUUGCAAUGCCGGGGGUGAAUUGCGUUGAAACUGAUAAUCCGCCUGAAGAAAAACCUAAUGAAGAACAAGAUCCUUCAGAAGAGCAAGAGUCUUCUGAAGACGAAAAUUCGCCUGAAGAAGAAUCUUCUAAAGAAGAAGAAGAAGAAGAAGAAUCUUCUGAAGAAGAAGAAGAAGAAGAAGAAGAAGAAGAAGAAGAAGAAGAAGAAGUUGAUGUUACAACUUUACCUCUUUGCGCAGAUUUACGUCAACAAGACCUCCAAGGAUCUUUAGGAGGUACAGAUACGUCUAAUAAAGUCGCUCCAGGAAACCGCAAUAAAGACAAUGUUUUUGAGAAAAUUUCCGUAAUUAUCCCAGGAGUUAAUUGCUAUGAGCCAGAGCCUCCAGAAGAAGAAUUUGAAGAAUCAACAGAAGCACCUGAAAAGUCAGAAGAGUAUGAAGAAUCAACUGAAGCCCCUGAAGAAUCGGAAGAGUCUGAAGAAUCAACAGAAGCACCUGAAGAGUCAGAAGAGUCUGAAGAAUCAACGGAAGCACCUGAAAAAGCACCGGGAACAAAUUCUUACUGUUAUCGAAUAGAUAUAGAUAGAGAUGUAAUAUUGUCACCCACAAAUAAUUUCUUAACGGUUUCUCCAGUCGGAAACGUUGAUGCACCUGCUGAAUUCUAUCAAACAAUGAACAUGAGCAAUGCACUUCAAUUUUACAGUGCUACAAUCAACUUAGAAAAAAAACUUAUCUAUGAAUCAAAACCUGAAAAAAAAAUGACAAAUGCUUGCGAUGAUUCAUAUCCGGAAGGAUCAAUUGAAGCCAAUAUUUGGAAAAUUAUCAAUUUAGAAGUCAUGGCCGGUGAAGGAUGUCCUGUAGAGAAAGGAAGCGGUUACACGUUCCCACAAUGGCUUAGAGGAACGGAGCUUAUGUUUGAUGAGCCAUUGGAUUACGGAAAUUACUCGUUAGAAACGGAUUUCGAUACACCUCAAGGUGCCUGGGCGUUGACACUGAUCUUUUAUUUUGUAGUAGAUGAAAAUUCUGUAUGCACUGGUGGAGAAAAUUUUAAAGAAUCAACGGAAGCACCUGAAGAAUCAGAAGAGUCUGAAGAAUCAACUGAAGCACCUGAAGUGUCAGAAGAGUCUGAGGAAUCAACGGAAGCACCUGAAGAAUCAGAAGAGUCCGAAGAAUCAACUGAAGCACCUGAAGUGUCAGAAGAGUCUGAGGAAUCAACAAAAGCACCUGAAGAAUCAGAAGAGUCCGAAGAAUCAACUGAAGCACCUGAAGAGUCAGAAAAGUCUGAAGAAUCAACAAAAGCACCUGAAGAAUUAGAAGAGUCUGAAGAAGAAUCAGAGCAAUGUUAUGUAGUCGAUAUGGAUGUCCAAGUAGUAAAAAUACCAAUUUUCAUGGAUGUUCUAAACAAGCCUAUGGACAAGGAUAACGCUUUUAAAAUUAACGGAGUUGGUAUGAAAGUUGAUGGUGAGUUUAUUUAUGAAUCAAUAUCUGAAGAAAUGACAAAUGCCUGCGAAGAUUCAUAUCCGGAGGGAUCUUUCCAAGCUAAUAUUUGGCAUAUGUUCAAUUUGGGAAUUCUAAAAGGCCAAGGAUGUCCUGUCGAAGGAGGAAGAAUUGACACGUUCCCUAAGAAGCUGGAUGAUGUGCAGCUCAAGAUAAACAAGCGAUUAGAACCUGGUGAUUACACUGCGAACCUAGACUUGGCAGCACCUGAUGGGACUUGGGCUGGAGCUAUUUACUUCUACUUUAAGUUAGAUGGUCCUUCUGAUUGUAGAGAGGAAGAAAAACCUCAAGAACCAAUGGAACCAGUUAAAGAUGACGGAUUAGAGGAGUCCGAAGAAUCAACUGAAGCACCUGAAGAGUCAGAAGAGUCUGAAGAAUUAACGGAAGCACCUGAAAAAGCACCGGGAACAAAUUCUUACUGUUAUCGAAUAGAUAUAGAUAGAGAUGUAAUAUUCUCACCCACAAAUAAUUUCUUAACGGUUUCUCCAGUCGGAAACGUUGAUGCACCUGCUGAAUUCUAUCAAACAAUGAACAUGAGCAAUGCACUUCAAUUUUACAGUGCUACAAUCAACUUAGAAAAAAAACUUAUCUAUGAAUCAAAACCUGAAAAAAAAAUGACAAAUGCUUGCGAUGAUUCAUAUCCGGAAGGAUCAAUUGAAGCCAAUAUUUGGAAAAUUAUCAAUUUAGAAGUCAUGGCCGGUGAAGGAUGUCCUGUAGAGAAAGGAAGCGGUUACACGUUCCCACAAUGGCUCAGAGGAAUAGAGGUCACGUUUAAUGAACCAUUGGAUUACGGCAAUUACUCGUUAGAAACGGAUUUCGAUACACCUCAAGGUGCCUGGGCGUUGAAACUGAUCUUUUAUUUUGUAGUAGAUGAAAAUUCUGUAUGCACUGGUGAAGAAAAUUUUAAUGAAUCAACGGAAGCACCUGAAGAAUCAGAAGAGUCUGAAGAAUCAACUGAAGCACCUGAAGAGUCAGAAGAGUCUGAAGAAUCAACAGAAGCACCUGAAGAGUCAAAAGAGUCUGAAGAAUCAACGGAAGCACCUGAAGAAGCACCGGGAACAAAUUCUUACUGUUAUCGAGUAGAUAUAGAUAGAGAUGUAAUAAUGUCACCCACAAAUAAUUUCUUAACGGUUUCUCCAGUCGGAAACGCUGAUGCACCUGCUGAAUUCUAUCAAACAAUGAACAUGAGCAAUGCACUUCAAUUUUACAGUGCUACAAUCAACUUAGAAAAAAAACUUAUCUAUGAAUCAAAACCUGAAAAAAAAAUGACAAAUGCUUGCGAUGAUUCAUAUCCAGAAGGAUCAAUUGAAGCCAAUAUUUGGAAAAUUAUUAAUUUAGAAGUCAUGGCCGGUGAAGGAUGUCCUGUAGAGAAAGGAAGCGGUUACACGUUCCCACAAUGGCUUAGAGGAACGGAGCUUAUGUUUGAUGAGCCAUUGGAGUAUGGAAAUUACACCUUGCUAGUGGAUUUCGAUACACCUCAAGGUGCCUGGGCGUUGAAACUGGAGUUUGAGUUUGUAGUAGACGAAAAUUCUGAGUGCACUGAGAGCGAAAGUUCUGACGAAUCAACAGAAGCACUUGAAGAAUUAGAAGAGUCCGAAGAAUCAACGGAAGCACCUGAAGAGUCAGAAGAGUCUGAAGAAGAAUCAGAGCAAUGUUAUAUAAUCGAUAUGGAUGUCCAAGUAGUAAAAAUACCAAUUUUCAUGGGUGUUCUAAACAAACCUAUGGACAAGGAUAACGCUUUUAAAAUUAACGGAGCUGAUAUGAAAGUUGAUGGUGGGUUCAUUUAUGAAUCAAUAUCUGAAGAAAUGACAAAUGCCUGCGAAGAUUCAUAUCCCGAGGGAUCUUUCCAAGCUAAUAUUUGGCAUAUGUUUAAUUUGGGAAUUCUAAAAGGCCAAGGAUGUCCUGUCGAAGGAGGAAGCAUUAAGACGUUCCCUAAGAAACUGGAUGAUGUGCAGAUCAAGAUAAACAGACGAUUAGAACCUGGUGAUUACACUGCGCACCUAGACUUGGCAGCACCUGAUGGGACUUGGGCUGGAGCUAUUUACUUCUACUUUAAGUUAGAUAGUCCUUCUGAGUGUAGAGAGGAAGAAGAACCUCAAGAACCAAUAUUUUAG